GAACACGAAGGAGUAACUAGGGCAGAUUUACGGUGCGAGUCUGAGUGAGUUUGGAUGAUAAACUUACAUUUUUGUUUUAUUAACUAGACCAAGCUAUAGUACUGUGACAGUUGAUUUCGCUGGUUUCAAUCUAGACAUAUUUUGUUAAUAGUUUGUCUGGUUUAUAUUGUCAACAGUUUCAUUGUUUCCUUCAAGACUCACAUACACCGGACACAAUUUUGAUUGACUAAGUUGGCGGACGUCAGUUCGAAAUGCCAGAGAGUGACCACGAUGGAGAUCACGAGCCGGACGAAAGAUUUACUUUCUUCUGUGAAAUGAGCAUGCAAGAGUUUGCGUUUGGUGUUGGUGCCAUUGGAGUGAACGCCCUUUGUUUGGGAAUGAUGUUGAAUAUCCCAACUUUGACGCUUCACAACUUGAUGUAUAAAAUCGCUCCUAAAGGUCUGCUACAACCGGACACCACUGACCAAGAGAGAAUUGGUGUGGCCAAAGCCAUUAUUGACUACUGGUACCAACAGACUGAGUCCUGGAAACCGAAAACUAGAUUCAAAUGUUUGUAUGAUGUAUUCGUCACACUGAGGGAGUACAAGAUCGCCCAACAAUUGAAACAAAGGUUUGAGGCCAAUCAACCAAUCUCUCUGGAACUCUUCCAUACCUUCGACCUUGGCCGACUUGGUCAGUUUGUUAGCGUUCCGGCCACACAGCUAGAGUUCGAAGACGCUGAAGAAGAGGAAGUCGAGGAUGACGACUAACAGAGUGGUCGGCCUACAGAUCGUCUGCUGAGUUUACCGCCCUUUUUUUUUUUUAGUGAAGGCUUUUAUACCUCUAGCUUACAAUAUACAUUUUACAUUUACUAUAUGCUGUUGUUAUUAAUGAAUUUUAAAUGCUUUAAAAUCUAAUGAAUAAAAUAUAAAAGUUAUACAGACCAAUGUC